AUGACUUCGAUUCAAUUAAAGAUAACUGAACAACAAAGUAGUCGGUUGGUAAUCGUAGCCAAGAAUUCUUGGGACAGCUUAUGUGUAGUUGUAACAGGACUAUUCCAGAUUUCUCAAGUGGUUGUUCUCAGUCAAAACAACUUUCAAGGAUAA